AUGAGUGAUCAAAAGGAUCAGGUCAACAUAGCUGAUGCCACUAUUGCUCUCUCUGCUGAGGAUCUUGUAAAUGCCAUCAAGAACAAGACAAGGGAUCACUCUGGUUUUCUGGACAAACUUCCGAAAAACAUUAGGAUGCGUGUUGAUGUCCUCACAGAGAUUCAGAGCCAAUAUAAUGAAUUAGAGGCACAGUUCCUUGAGGAGAAGGCAGCUUUGGAAGCAAAGUUCCACAAGUUGUAUGAGCCACUUUACAACAAGCGAUAUGAGAUUGUGAAUGGCGUGGUUGAAGCUGGAGAUGAAGGUACAGUAGAAGAAAAAACCAAUGAAUUAGCAGGAGAUAAAGGUAUUCCCCAUUUCUGGCUGCUGGCAAUGAAAAAUAAUGAAAUAACCGCGAAAGAGAUUACUGAGAAAGAUGAAGAUGCCCUCCAGUAUCUCAAAGAUGUCAAAUGGAAUAGACUAGAUGAUGCCAAGGGUUUUAAGCUUGACUUCUUUUUUGAUACAAAUCCAUAUUUCAACAACAAUGUGCUGACAAAGACAUAUCACAUGAUUAGCGAGGAUGAACAUAUUCUAGAGAAUGCAAUAGGGACAGAGAUAGAAUGGUUUCCCAGGAAAUGUUUGACACAGAAGAUCCUAAAGAAGAAGCCAAAGAAAGGAUCCAACGAUAUGAAGCCAAUCAUAAAAACUGAGGAAUGUGAAAGUUUCUUUCAUUUUUUUGAUCCACCUCAACUACCUGAGGAACUUGAUGAGGAAACUGCUGAAUUGCUUCAAGGUCAGAUGGAACAAGAUUAUGAGAUUGGGUCCACCAUUCGAGAAAAGAUCAUUCCUCAUGCUGUGUCUUGGUUUACUGGAGAGGCCGUUCCCAUCAAUGAUGAAGAAGAAGGUGAUGAUGAUGCCGAGGAAGAGGAAGAGAAUGAUGAAGAAGAGGAUGAUGAAGAAAAUGUUAAAGAAAACCAUUAAGGAUGGCAGUGAAGAAACUAGACGACAGUAAGAGGUCUCAGACGCUGCUCGGAAUUGUACCUCUGUUGUGAUUGUGUUACGUAAACCAUUUGCUACAUAUAUUGAUUUUAUUUAUUUAUUUAUUUAUUUUUAUUUUUCUCCAAAAUAGAUUUCUGGCAGGAAGACACUAUAUUUUUGAACAAGCUGGGUUUUGAGCUUGCAAUUUUGAAUUUAUUAUAUUGGAUACUGUAUUUCUGUUAUUGUU